ACCGUCUUCCCCUUUGAAACGCUUCCGAAAUUGCGAAGACGGUUCAGCCUCGGAUCCGAAGCACCAGCUUCCGCCACCGAACCUGGGUCGCUUCUGUUCGUUCAAACUUCAAAGUUUCACACUCCAAUUCGAUCACUUCAUCUCUCUCAUUCCCAGCGAACUCGAACGAACGAACGAACGAACUCACCUCUGCAAACCCUAACGCGCUUCUGAGGAAGGAUCAGCUUCAAUGGAGCAUUCUCAAUGCCACUGAUAUUUUAAUAAUUUCCAGGGUUCAAUGGUAGUUGCUCAGAGGUGUGGUUUUGGACAACAUCAUAUUUGGAGAAACUUUUAUUGAUCUUCCUGGUAUGUAGGUUGUCAAAAUCUUUGUUCCUUGAUCAACUAGACCUUCUUUCAGAUCGUUGUCUGCUGAAAAUUUGUGGGCUGGUUAAUCUAUGCCGGGAAACGAAGUAGGAGACAGGGUUCAUAAUUUUUUUGGUCAAGGGAACUUGUCCCAGGGACAGGAUCAUUCAUUGGCUGUUGAUGGGAACUGGCAAGGACUAAGCAAUAAUUUGUGGGUUGGUAGCCAGAGACCGCCUAGUGUGCCGUUUAUUUCCAAUUUGAACUUUAAUCAACAACAAUCAGAUACUGAGCAGGGAUACACAAGCUCUCCACAUUUCAUACAUGGUUUGAACAUAACACAAUCAAAUUUGAGGCCUGAGUCUGGCAAUCAGCUGCAAAACCAACAAAGAGUCGUGAAUGGCUAUCUGCAGGGACAACAGGUUUUCCAGACUAGGCAAAAUGGAGCUAACAUUUUUGGAGUGGAUACAGAAUCUGAUAGGAACUCUCUAUCAAGAGGAAUACCACUGCUAGAGUCACAAGGGAGUGGUGUUGAACUCUAUAAGAAAAGCUUGGCUAGGAACGAUGCGGCUGAAUCUCCUGUCAAUUUUGAUUUUUUUGGAGGUCAACAAAUAAGUGGUCGCUAUAAUGGAAUGCUUCAACCUUUACCUAGACAGCAGUCAGGAAUAAAUGAAAUGCAUCUAUUACAGCAGCAUGUGGUACUUAACCAGAUGCAAGAACUUAAGAGGCAGCAACAAUAUCAUCAGCUAGAACCAAAGCAGCAGAAUUCUAUUACUCCAGCUUCCUCCAUUUCAAAUCAGACCAUUGCAAGCCAUUCUGCAUCGCUGAUUAAUGGCAUUCCCAUUAAUGAGGCAUCUAACUUUAUUUGGCAGCCUGAAGUUAUACCGUCUAAUUCAAAUUGGCUCCAGGGUGGUGCAUCACCAAUUAUGCAUGGGUCCUCUAAUGGACUUAUGUUGUCUCCUGAACAAGGACAGACAAUGCGCUUGAUGGGUUUGGUUCCUAAUCAGGGAGAUCAAUCUCUUUAUGGGGUUCCAAUUUCUGGUUCAAGAGGUACUCCUAGCAUGUAUUCUCAUGUCCAAGCAGACAGGCCGGCAGUGCCUCAGGUUUCUAUUCCACGCCAAUAUUCUCAUGUUCAUGGGGACAAAUCUGUGCUGCAACACAUAUCAGCCAAUAGUAAUUCAUUUCCUGCUCAUCAAUAUACUGCAUUUUCAGACCAAAUUAACACAAAUGAUGGAACUUCAGUUUCAAAACAGAGUAUUCUAGGAAAGAGCAUGUUUGGUUCUACUGCUCAUGGUAUAAAUAGUAGGCUGAAUAUGGAGAACUUGCAGCAAGUAAGUUCUGAGCAAAACAUUGUACCAGUGCAAGAAUUCAAUGGGAGGCAAGAACUAGCUGGAUCUUCAGAGACAUUGCAGAACAUGAUGGUAGCGCAGACACCUCCUUCACAGCAUCUGGCUACCCUAGAUCCAGCUGAAGAGAAGAUAUUGUUUGGUUCAGAAGACAGCAUGUGGGAUGGAUUUGGUAGGAACUCAGGAGGUUUCAGUAUGAUGGAUGGUACAGAUAAUUUUAGUGAAUUUCCAUCUAUUCAGAGUGGGAGUUGGAGUGCGCUUAUGCAAUCUGCUGUAGCAGAAACUUCUAGUAGUGGCAUUGGCGGACAGGAGGAGUGGAGUGGUCUAAGUUUCCAGAAUAUUGGACCAUCAUCUGGAAAUGAGCAUCCUUCAACUACUGAUAGCCGCAAACAGCAAUCAGCUUGGGCUGACAAUUAUUUGCAAUCAGCUUCCAAUAUGAAUUCAAGAUCUUUUCUUCGGUCUAGUGAUGUUAGUAGGCCAAAUACCACUGAACACAAUUUUGGUGUUUCUGGAUUUCGUCAGUCAGGUCCCGAUACUUCACGGGAACAGCAUGACAGGUUACAGACUGAUUCUAAGCGACCAAUUCCACAGUUUUUAGAAAGAGGAGAAUGGUUAGAAUGCAGUCCUCAGCAAAAACAACUUGCUGAAGGGAGUCAUAUAUAUAGAAAUGAUGCUAACCGUUCAGUUUUAGAAAAAAAUGAAAAGGUUAUAUCAGGUUCUUGGACCCAUCAACAGACUGUAUCAUCUUGUAAUAGUAGUGGUGAUCCAUUCAAUAAAUCUAAUGGCUGGGAUGUUAUGAAAUCAGCCCCAUUUGAUACUACUUCUACUUUUGAAAUCCAUGAAAAUGAAAACUCACCACAGGCCCACCAUGAGAAAUCCAUGCACGACGAAAUGGGCCAGGUUCAUGCUAUGUGGGAGCCUGAUUCUGAUACUAACUCAUCUGUUGGGUUGGAACAUGUUAACUCUGCUGGUAACAUGCAAGUUUGUGGUGAAGAUUCUGGUAUGAGUGGUUCAUUACCAAAUUCAGGCACUGAAUGGUUCAGCCGGCAAAGCAGCAAGAAACUUCCUAAUGUUGAUGUAUGGAGAGAUUCAGAUUCUGUAGGUAGCUAUAGAAGAAAUGAAGGUCCAGUAAAAUAUGACCAUCAUAUCGAGAACCCUCUUAUAUUGGAAUCAUCAAAGAAUGGAAAAGUAGAAGGUGCACAUGGUAUGGAAAACUUCAACCAAAAAGCUAAAUCAGCAGAUGGUGUAAGCUCGAAUCCUUCCCACCCUAGAGCUGGUGGUGUGAGAGAAAAUACCAAUUUUGAUAGCAAUGAGUUGCGUAUUACAAAUUUAUCUGAUGAGGGAAAUCGAAGACCUCCCCUAACUCGUAAGUUUCAGUAUCAUCCAAUGGGAGAUCUGGGUACUGAAGUGGAACCUUAUGGAAACCAACAUGUCAUAAAUUCACAGCAUAUGCCCCUUACACACUUUGGGGGAGAUAAUGGUCAGGACCAAAGUUAUCUGGGACAGUCAAAGUAUGGCCAUUAUGACAGGAGUUAUAGUGAAAUGGAGAAGGGUGAAAAAAGCUUGGAUAAUAAUGCUUCAAAAAUCAUAGUCCCUGGUUAUCUGCCCAAAACAAUGAACUCAUUGGAUAAAAGUUUUGGUAAUUAUGCCUUACAGAGGUUGGCUUCACCCAGGGCGCCUGAAACUGAAUCCUCUGAUGGAUCUGCUGUACAUAAUCAGUGGAAUCAAAGUUCUUCAUCUCAGGGAUUUGGCUUACAAUUAGCUCCUCCUACUCAACGGCUUCCUGUGGUAUCUUCUCGUGGCUUAUCAGAGACAGUUCUUCCUACACCAAAUGUGUCUGAUACAGCAGAUAAGGGCCAUGCAGGGUUGGCUACUAAUCAGACUUUUCCUUCGCAGGAGCCUUCUCAUUGGGAGCUUAAGAAUAGUAUUUCUAGUACCACAGGACAAAUUUUUGACAAGGCCUCCCAGUACAGUGCGCUAGGAAAAAUUCCACAGGAUUUUACAUCUGGCUUUCCUUUCUCCAGGACCCAUACUCAGAAUCAGAAUGUUACACAUCUUGGUGGACAAGUAGCAAAUACUCAGUCUGCUAAUACAACUCUUAUUGAUAGCUGUGUUUCUGGGAAUCAGAUAGAUGAAUUUUGUGAAAGAGCUCAAACUAGUCAAUCUGAAACGGCAUCUGCUCAGGACAUGUCCCAGCUGAGUGGUAUCAACCUAAUUCGUCGUAGAGAUCUUACCAUCCGACAUUUGGCAACUGAGGCAGGCAGUCAGCCUUCGGUUACAUUUAGUGCAUCUUUGCAUGAUGCCCCUUCAAAAGCCACACACAAUGUAUGGACCAGCAUUUCUACCAAGCAGCAUCCAAAUGCUUCAAAGAUUCCAUUGCAGUCUCAACAAAUUAAUGAUUGUGAAAUGGCAACGGGCUCAAAUAAGCCAGGUGAUAAAGGUUCAGAGAAAGAUGGUAAUGACCUUUCAGGCAUUGGUUCUAGUUAUGCUUACUCCAAUAGUUCUGUGGGAAAUUUGCUCAAAGAAAGCUCCUGGCAACAGAGAUUUUCUGAUAGUGUUGUUACUGCUGAAGAUGCUGCUGGUGCGGCUUCACACCUGAAGGAAUCUGCAAUGGUAUGUAUGUCUGAUUCAUCUCAACCUACCUCAGCUGCUGCCUCCAGGGACAUUCAAGCUUUUGGUCAGUCUUUAAGACCAAACAAUGUUUUGAAUCAUAAUUCUCCCUUGUUGGGUCAAGUUCAAUCCAUGAGAAAUGUGGGGAUUGAUCCUAGUAAUCGGGAUGCCAAGAGAAUGAAAGUUUCAGAUAAUUUGGUGGACAAACAGCAGGUAGAUUCCAACCAUGGAUAUGAUAAUGCGGUCAAAGAUGUGUCUGAAAAUAAAUCUUCUAUCCUGUCAUCAGAUCCUAGUAUGACAAGCUUUUUGUCAAAGCUACAUGAUGGACAUAACACAAAUGUGACUUCUCAAGAGGUGGUUGGAUAUGGUCAGAAUAAUGCACCUAGUGCUUCUAAUAGUAAUAAAACAAUUUCUGUCAGAAGAAAUCAUUCUCUGGUAAAUCCUCAAAUGGCACCAUCAUGGUUUGAGCAAUAUGGAACUUUUAAAAAUGGUAAGAUAUUGCCGAUGUAUGAUGUACGGAAGAUGACUGCUGCUAAGAUUUUGGACCAUCCUUUUACUGUACCAAACCAGUCAGAUAGUUUGCAUUUGCAAAAUUCAGUAGAGCAAGUUAAGAGUUUGAGUGAUGCUCAACUUCUUAGCGCUAGUCAAAGUACAAUACCUGCUUCAGUUGCAAGUGAGAAUGAACAUUAUGAGCUAUCGACUCCUCCAGUUGAACAUGAUUUGCUUAUUAUGAGACCAAGGAAGCGUAAAAGUGCCACUUCUGAACUACUGCCAUGGCAUAAGGAACUGACACAGGGUACUAAGAGGCUUCGAGAUCUCAGUGAGGCGGAAUUAGUGUGGGCCCAAACUGCAAAUAGAUUGAUUGAGAAGGUUGAAUGCACUACUGAGGUAAUUCAAGAUCUGCCAGCAAUGGUGAAGUCAAGAAGAAGACUUGUGUUGACUACACAGCUUAUGCAGCAACUACUAAGCCCUCCUCCAGCCGCAGUUCUGAUGGCAGAUGUGAAGUUGCAUCAUAAAAGUGUGGUUUACUCUGUUUCCAGAUUAACAUUAGGAGAAGCAUGUAGUUCAAUCUCAUGGUCUGGAUGCGAUAAACUGUUGCCUCCUGGCAGCAAAAACCUACUGCCAGAGAAAAAUAAAUCAUCUGACAAAGUUGAUCGUUGCAUUUUGAAAGUUAUGGACCUUGUUGAUAGAACAAGUAAGGUGGAAGAUGAUAUCUUAAGAUUGGAUAGCAGAGCCUCAAUUUUGGACUUGAGAGUGGAGUGUCAGGAUUUAGAAAGAUUUUCUGUCAUCAAUCGAAUUGCAAAGUUCCAUGGACGGGGACAAAAUGAUGGGGCGGAGACCUCAUCAUCCUCUGAUGCAAGUGCUAAUACUCAGAAACUACCCAUGAAAUAUGUAACUGCAGUUCCAUUGCCUAGGAAUCUCCCUGACAGGGUACAAUGUCUUUCACUUUGAUAAUUAAUUAAUUCAUUUUUCCAUCUUGAAUAAUUGUCUCCACGAUCUCCCCGUUUCUAGUCCACUUCUUUCAACUUAGAGUAAUGCACUUCAUCUUCAUAGAGUCAUACACUGGAAAUGUCGGAGAAGAAUGGUAGAUAGUCUCCACAACCACCGGAGGCUGUUAGAUAUUUGCCUUCUAUACAUGUAUUUGUAGAUCUUAAUCUAGUUCUUUUGGCCUUUCCAGGUUCUAAGCUUUUUGUAUAUAUCACAAUUAUAUAUGCAGUCAGUUAGGGUUUAACCAUACCAAGUUUCUUCUGAUUAAUAGCAUAGGUUUCUUUAGUCGGUCUUUUUUUUUUCAUUAUCAAAUCAGUUUCUGGAUGUUGUCAUGUAUAGUCCUUCCCAUCGGGAAACCCAUUUGGCAGGGAUGUUAUGAAUCAAACAGUCAAGUGUAGGGCCUCUAAAAGGCUUGGUUUU